UGACAGUCAGUUCUUACCAAUAUAGAGAAUCUGUGAGUUUUUGGAAAUACUCUGUGAAAGUUGGUCAACGAGGAGUCCGGCUUGAGCUGACAACUGUGCAGGGAUUCCGCGCCGCAAGAUGUGUCGCCUCCUGAACGUCACGUUGGCCUUGCUGAGCCGCUUCCUGUUUGCCGUGCACGGUGUCGUGACGGUGUGGCGAGUGGUGGCUGUCAAAGGGGAGCCACUCUAUUGGCUGCUGCUUUCGGGCGUGGCUCUGCUGGGCGUGGAAAUGGCCCUCACCCUCAAAUGCACCCGCAAUGCAGAGUGGAAAUGGUUCUCCCCCAUGGUUUUCCUCUACCUCAGUACUGUCAUCCCAUCCAUUUGGUUUCUGGAGCUCAGCCUAUUACAGUCCAAGCUGCCCCUCACCAAUUCCUCUGGCCAUGAGCUUCGUUUGCUGGCCUACAUCCCGAUCACAGCGGGCAUCGAGGAACUUGAACCGCAGAACUGGGUUGCAGGACUGGAGCAGACCAUGCUUAUUGUGCUGGUUUUGGGCCGCUGGCUGAUGCCCAAAGGGGACAUGACACGGGACCAGCUUUCACAGCUCCUCAUGGCGUAUGUCGGACUGGGCGCUGACAUCCUAGACAUCUUCGAUACCUUCAAAGAACCUGAAGUUGAGAACAACAGGGCGGUCGUCAUCGUUGGCCUGGCCCUCUUCUCUUGGGCGCUCAUGCAGUUUCCUCUGGUUCUGACCCAGACAAAAGCCUCACAGGGUGAGCUUCCCCAGAGGAGCUGGAAUAGCCUCUCCUGCUGCCGGGAGCCUUUAUCCUCGUGUCCCUCUUGCUGCUCCAAUGAGGUCUGGAGUUUGUUGCUCACCGUGGGACUCCAAGACGCCCCCUUCCUGGUUUAUCGUCUAUACCUCAUGAUAAAAGAGCAGGUGCAGAACCAGCUGAUGAUUUUCUUCACCUGCAAGAACAUACUUAUUGUCCUCUUGGAGCUUUACAGGAUAUUCGUGGUGCAGUUCGAACAGCAGGAACAGGAGCCAGCGCUCCAUAGAUGUGGGGCUCUGGUGACCUGUGUUCAAACCUUUGGGGGUAAUAAUGAAGAGCAGGCUGAAGAACAGGAGAGCAAACAGAGGCGCAGCGCAGAGCAGAGCCGUUGUACGGACAUGGAAAUGGGACUCGACGGAGAUGAAGAUCAUAGAGUGUCCACGUAAAGAAAAGGCUGCAAAUGUCGUGAGGCGUGACUUUGGCCCCUCGGGGAGGAGGGAAACUGCUUUCGCUCCCCAAAACUGAAGCCGAAUGCGCCUACCAUCCCUUACAUCUCAGCCUCAUUCUAAGACAGUCUCAGCUCUCAGGGGGUUUUAGGAACAAGAUAUAGAACAGAAAAGA